CCCGAGGAACAGCAGCCGUGCUUCUUUCUGCACUGGUUUUCCUGUACCUUACAGCAUCCAGCGCGGGGACAUGGACUCGGACCUGGUGGACACGUUGAGGGAGGAGAAGUGUGUGUCUGAGUGUGAGCUGAACGCGUCCGUGAGCGGCGAGGCGGAUCCGCGCAAUGUGCCGCCGGAGUACAUGUCACCUCUCAUCCCCGUCAUCACCGCCGUCUACUCCGUGGUCUUCAUAGUGGGGCUGGCGGGGAACUGCCUGGUUAUGUAUGUCAUUAUCAGAUACACCAAAAUGAAGACAGCAACCAACAUUUACAUCUUUAACCUGGCUUUGGCUGAUGCUUUAGUUACCACCACAAUGCCAUUUCAGAGUGCAGACUACUUGUUGAACUCCUGGCCAUUUGGUGAAGUCGUAUGCAAAGUGUUCAUCUCCAUUGACUACUACAACAUGUUCACCAGCAUUUUCACACUAACCAUGAUGAGUGUGGAUCGUUAUGUGGCUGUGUGCCAUCCUGUCAAGGCACUAGACUUCCGUACACCACUCAUGGCUAAGACCAUCAACGUGGGCAUAUGGGUAUUGUCCUCAGCAGCUGGAGUGCCGGCUAUGGUGCUGGGGGGAACACAGACCAAUAACGGCACCACAGAGUGUGCCCUGCAGUUUCCUGACCCUUACGAGUACUGGGACACUCUAAUGAAGAUCUGUGUGUUUGUCUUUGCUUUUGUCGCUCCCGUCCUCAUCAUUAGCAUCUGCUACUCUCUCAUGCUUCUUCGACUGCGUAGUGUCCGCUUACUGUCUGGUUCUCGAGAGAAAGACCGCAACCUUCGCCGCAUCACCCGUUUGGUCCUAGUGGUUGUGGCAGCUUUUAUAAUUUGUUGGACCCCUAUUCAUAUCUUCAUUCUCCUGAAAGCUGUAGUAGCCAUUCCUGAGACCACACCACUAAUGGCUGCCUAUUUUCUGUGUGUUGCUCUUGGGUACACCAACAGCAGCCUCAAUCCAAUUCUCUACGCGUUUCUAGAUGAGAAUUUUAAGAGGUGCUUUAAGGACUUCUGUUUGCCAGCAAAGCGAAAGGGAGAUAGAGGGGUUGGAGCGAGCAGACUUGGGAGAAUUGCAUCCAGGCAGUCUCCCCAGGCUGCAGAGAGUGCCCCAAGGACAGCAAAGCCAGCAUGACUAGCCGUGGAAUUGUCCUUCAUCACACAAUCUGGAAAAGAGGACUCAAACGCAAUGGGACUGACGCAGGUCUCUUCUGCACUCUGAUCAUUAUGCAGCCUACAGAUGGUGUGAAUGUUGCUGUGACUGUGUCACUGGAAGAGAUAUAGCACUGUGACAAGACUUGCUAUAUUACACUCUGAAUAUAGUGCCAUGAUGUGAGAGUCUAAUGAAGCCUGCUGAGAAUUCUACCAUCAGCUGCCUAAAAUGGUUUUUGCUUUGGUGUAAUGAUCAUAUAUACUUGUAAAUAGGAUUUAGUUCUGCUGACCCUUUAAAAAUGUGCAGCUGAAAACAUUUGGUUUAUCUUUGAUAUCCCUUUCUGGCUGCUCUAUUUAUGUGGUUAAAUUCAGAGACUCUAAUCUAAAAAAUUAUAUAUCUCUGUUUUGAAAAUAGUGCAGUUCAUUUAUUCAUUCAUUCAUUCAUUCUUAUAUUCCAGAGCAAUUUAACAAAGCCAGUCCACCUUAUGGCAUUUAGGGGAGAUGGGAAAUGGGGGGUAACUGGAGGACCUGAAGGGAAGCCACAAAGACAGAAGAACCAUGAGCAGAAACUCUACUGUAAUACAGUUGCCAGAAAAUGACAGUACCACGAUCUCGUACAAUAAUUACCCAUAAGAUUCUGGUUGUUAUUUUUUAAAUGAAUACACUUAAAAUAAUUACAAACUGCAUCUGUCCUCAUCAAUACUGACUGAUAAUUAUUUAAGCAUUCACAGAAAUAAUUUACAGUGUAGGUUUAAAUAAAGCUUUUAAAAAAUUAUGAGACUCUGGGUUAAUAAC